GUUCGGAUGCGCAUCGUCUGAGAACGGCGUUUCAGUUAGCGGCGAGCCGCUGUCGAGAUUAGGGUCGUUUUUGUCCUCGGUUCCGAUUCUCUUCCCCUUUUCGCGCCAGUUAUCGAGUUCGUCCGCCGAUCGCGUUCGAGGAAAUCGAGGUCCGCGUCUCCGCGGAACUCUCCUCGAGAGCGAGAGGGAAAAAAAAAAAAAACUCUUUCGGAGUAGUGAAUGAAACGGUUUCCCUUUUCCGGAACGGUAUCUGGUUUCAGUGCGUGGAACAGUGCGUUUCUUUUUUCGUGAGGAUAUAUCGAUUCGUCGCGAUAUUGUUUUACGUUUUUAGAAUAGUACCGAUAUAAUGUGAACCGCUGUGAGUGUGUGAAAAAUUUCAAAGGAGAAAAAAAGGCGAGAGAGAGAGACGAACGACAGAGAAAUUAAACCCGCUCCAGUUUCAACAUGUCGCGGAGUCUAGCUUAAGACCCGUCGCAUCUCGGUCUCUCUUACCUCGGAGGGAAAAGUCCAAGCGAGCGAGAAAGAGAGAGAGACAGAAAGAGAGGUGAAAGAACAUAGUCCUCUUAGACGAAGGAGUCUGUGAAAAAAAAAAAAAAAAAAAAAAAAACCAAUGAUGUCGAAACUUGAACAAAGUCCGCGUUCACUCUUCCUCGGGACGCUCCUCCUCGGGCAGCUGCUGCUGACGGUCCACGGCGAGAUCUACGCGAAGAUGUUCUCCAGCCAGCAGAACCCGAGCGACCCGUGCUACGACGAGGACCGGCCGCGCCGCUGCAUCCCGGACUUCGUGAACGCCGCGUUCGGGGCCACCGUCGAGGCCUCGUCCACGUGCGGCACCGGGGGACCCACUCGCUACUGCGACGUCACCGACGAGCCCGGCGGCACCGGCGGGAUCGGGCACUGCCACGUGUGCGAUGACAGCACGCCCCGACGUCGCUUUCCCGCGAGUUACCUGACAGAUCUCAACAAUCCGAACAACGUGACCUGCUGGCGCAGCGAGCCGCUCGUGAGCUCGCAGAGCUUCUCGGCUCCGCCCGACAACGUCACCCUGACACUCUCCCUCGGGAAGAAGUACGAGCUGACGUACGUCAGCCUGCAGUUCUGUCCGCGCGCCGCGAAGCCGGACUCGAUCGCGAUCUACAAGUCCAUGGAUUACGGCAAGACCUGGCAGCCGUUCCAAUUCUACUCGUCCCAGUGUCGGCGGGUCUACGGGAGACCGAAUCGCGCCACCAUCACCAAGUCGAACGAGCAAGAAGCCCGUUGCACCGAUAGUCACCGUUAUACAGGCGGGGACGGCCUCGGACCGGUCGGCAGGAUCGCUUUCAGCACCCUCGAGGGUCGACCGUCCGCCGCCGAUUUUGACAACUCGCCGGUUCUCCAGGACUGGGUGACCGCGACCGACAUCCGGGUGGUGUUCAACCGGCUGCACAUGCCGCAACAGCCGGACCAGAUGACGCACAACGGCGCGGAGGACCAUCACGUCGCGGCGAUCGGCCUCGAGGAGCUGACGAAGCGGGAGCGCGAGCGCGAGGAGCAGCGUCUCAAGAGCCAGAAGAACGCGAUCCUGCUGCACGCGGACCCCCUGGUCACGGCCUUGCCGUCCGUCCACCAGGUCCUCGCGCCCCAGGAGAUGCAGUCGAACGACGCGAUCGACCCCGACGCGGUCCGCGACAUGGGCUUCGUCCCGAUCACCGUCACCACGAGCACGACGCCGACCCCGGGCGGUCUAGGUCCGGCGUCCGCCACCAUGGCCCAUCAUUACGCGGUCUCGGACUUCGCCGUGGGCGGCAGGUGCAAGUGCAACGGCCACGCGGCCCGCUGCAUCCCCGGCAAGGACGGCGAGGUCGUCUGCGAGUGCAGGCACAACACCGCCGGCAGGGACUGCGAGCGCUGCCGGCCCUUCCACUUCGACCGACCCUGGGCCAGGGCCACCGCCAGGGACGCCAACGAGUGCAAAGUGUGCAACUGCAACCUCCACGCGAGAAAGUGUAGAUUCAACAUGGAGCUGUACAAGCUGUCGGGCCGUGUCAGCGGAGGCGUUUGUCUGCAGUGCCGGCAUUUUACGGCAGGAAGGCACUGUCAUUACUGCCGCGAAGGUUACUACAGGGACCCGGCCAGACCGAUCACGCAUCGCAAGGCCUGCAAACCAUGUGACUGCCACCCGAUCGGAGCUUCUGGAAAGACCUGUAACCAGAGCAGCGGCCAGUGUCCUUGUAAAGACGGUGUAACCGGUAUUACUUGCAACAGAUGCGCCAGGGGCUACCAGCAGAGCAGAUCGCAUAUUGCGCCUUGCAUCAAGAUACCCAGGGUCGUGCAAACGCAGGGCACGGCCGGAGAAGAGAGCAGUGAACACGAGGACGACGACGACGAGCGCGGAUACGACGGACGAACUGAUCAGUGUGGAAAGUGCCGCGCCAGCACGAAGAGGCUAAAUCUCAACAAGUACUGCAAAAGAGACUAUGCUAUUCUGGGCAGAAUAACGGACAGACACAAGAAAAGCGAUGGUUCGCAGGGCGGCACAAGUGUAUCAGGAACAUCUUGGAUCCGAUUUACUCUAAACGUCGACUUCAUUUACAAGAAAAAUACAAACUCGAGAAUUCGACGUGGGGAUAUAUCUCUUUACGUUCAUUCGUCUGAUCUGGCCUGCAGAUGCCCGAAAAUCAAGCCUAACAAGUCGUACUUGAUCCUUGGCCAAGAGAACGACGGCGGUGGCCAAGGUGGACUCACGGUGACGCAGAGGUCGAUCGUCAUCGAGUGGCGCGACGAAUGGCACCGUCGAAUGCGCCGUUUCCAACGAAGGGCGAGAUCGUGCCAUUGAGAUGUUCGCGCGUUGCGGGAAGAGAUGAAGAGAUAAAGAGAGAGAAAAAGAGAAAGAAAGAGAGAGAGAGA